AUGGGGGCUCCGGCCCUCCUGUGGCCUCCGCUGCUAUUACCAUUGUUCAUAGUGCUGUUUGGCCAACCUCCGGGGACCAAGGCCCAAGUCUGCUCUGUGAACCAAACGGUUUUUCAAGUUGAGGAGAACUCGAAUGUUUCUGAGCCACUGGUGAACAUUUCGGUCCCAGGAGACCUGCGGGUGACCCUAGGAUCCUCAUCCACUCCUUUCGCAUUUAAGAUCGUGGACAAUCAGCUGUUUCUCAACGUGACUCCAGAUUAUGAGGAAACCACAUCACUGGAGGCAGUCCUGGAGUGCAAGAGAGGAGAGGUUCCGGUGACAGUGUUGAGGGUGUUCGUGGCUGUCCUGGAUGUCAAUGACAAUCCCCCAGUGUUUCCUUUUACAAUCAAGAGCUUUGAUGUAGCAGAGGACACCAGAGUGGGUACAACCGUCAUCCCUGAGACAGAACUGGAGGCCAAAGACGCUGAUAAAGAUGACACCCUAUUUUACACCCUCCAAGAAGUGACCCCGAACGCUAGCAGCUUCUUCUCCCUCGUGGGGGUAAACGACCCUGCUCUGAGGUUGCAGCAGGCCCUGGAUUUCUACAAGAUUCAGAGCAUGACCUUCAAGCUGCUGGCACGGGAUACUUGGGAUGAACAGGCACAGCUCAGCCACACGGCCACUGCCACCCUGGUCCUGAACGUGCUUCCGGCUGACCUGCGAACCCCCUGGUUCUUGCCUUGCUCCUUCUCAGAUGGCUACUUCUGCAUCCAGGCGCAGUACCAUGGGGUGGUCCCCACGGGACACAUACUGCCAUCCCCCCUCAUCUUGAGUCCUGGUCCCAUCUAUGCUGUGGACGGAGAUCAGGGCAUUAACCAGCCUAUCAUCUACAGCAUUGUAGCGGGAAACACGGAUGACACAUUUAUCAUCAACGCAGACUCUGGCAACCUCACGAUGGCCAAAAGUAUUCCCAGCCCCAUGGUCUUCACCCUGCUGGUCAGGGCUGAUCAGGCUGAUAUGGCCCGCUACUCAAUGACCCAGGCCAUUGUGGAGGCCCGUGACGGAGAACUCCAGUUCUCUCAGAGCCUGUACCGUGGCACAGUGGUGCUUGGUGCUGAGGCUGGUACAGAAGUGAAGGACAGGACCUCCCCUUCUGAGAUCCUGAGGAUCCAGGCUCAGUACUCAGGCUUCCCGGACCUCAACUCGGCCAUCACAUAUCAAAUCACCAACUCCUCAGAUUUCAAGAUGGACAAGGAUGUCAUACUGACCACUGUGGCUAUGAAGCGUGCAGAAGUCAUCUAUGUAGAGGUAGAAGCUACCAGUACUGUGACUAAGGACACAGCCACCUCUGUUGUUGAGAUCCAAGUGUCAGGGCAGGAGCCCCCCUCCACAGAGUCCCCCACACCCCCAGAAGCUGGAGGAACAACUGGGCCUUCAAGUAGCACCACUUUGGAAGCCCCCACGACCUCUGGGACCUCUCAAGGACCUGCUACAACCAGCUCUGGGGGAAGUGCUGGCCCAUUUCCACCCUCAGGCACAACUCUAAGUCCCCCUGCCUCUGCCUCAUCUACACCUGAGGGGUUCCCUACUCUUGGAAUCAGCACCUCCCCCCAGACAGCCACACCCACCACACCCAGUGAGGGCUCAACACAGACCCCCAAACCUGGAACCUCUCAGCCAGUGGUCCCCAUUACAGGUAUGAGUACCUCUUCUCAGCCAGCCACACCCAGUGAGGGCUCAACACAGACCCCCCAGCCAGGAACCUCUCAGCCAAUGGUCCCCAUUACAGGAACAAGCACCUCUUCUCAGCCAGCCACACCCAGUGAGGGCUCAACACAGACCCCCCAGCCAGGAACCUCUCAGCCAAUGGUCCCCAUUACAGGAACAAGCACCUCUUCUCAGCCAGCUACACCCAGUGGAGGCUCAACACAGACCCCAAAACCAGGAACCUCUCAGCCGACAGCCACUACCCCUGCUUCUGGAGAAGGCGAGCUGGAUGACAGCCAGCGAUUUUCCACGGUGGACAUGGCAGUGCUGGGUGGGGUGCUCGGUGCACUCUUGUUGCUGGCUCUCAUCUGCCUGGUCAUCCUCAUCCAUAAGCACUACCGUCAUCGGUUCAAUUGUUGCUCUGGCAAGGCUUCGGAGCCGCCGCCGCCGCAGAAUGACUAUGACAACGUGACCUUCCUCCCAGACCACAAGGCCAGCUGGUCGCCCACCUCCAACCCGCAGCCACAGUCGGGCCCCGAGCCCGCCCAGCCGCCCUCUGGGCCCCAUAGCCCCAUGUUCUCCAGACCCACGCCCCCCAGCUCAGCACCUCCUAGCCCCAAGCUCAGAGCUCCCGAGUCUCCUAAGACCGUCCAGGCCGGAGACAGUCCUUCAGCCGUGAGGUCUAUCCUGACUAAGGAGCGGCGGCCAGAGGGGGAGGGCGGCUACAAAGCAGUUUGGUUCGGCAAGGACAUCAGGGAGGAGGCUGACGUGGUGGUCCUCAACGAGCCCACAGCAGACAUGGACAGCGCCAGUGCCACGGGAAGUGAGGGUAGCGAUGAUGAUGAUGAUGGCCCUGACCAGAAUAAGGGUCCUCACUUUGGCGCCGGUGACGACAGCACUUACAUCUAG